AUGCGAUUAUAUACAAACCGCUGGGUUGUCAAGAUAACUGGAGGCCAAGGCACUGCUGACGCAUUAGCAGAGAAAUAUGGAUUUUUGAAUAUGGGUCAGAUCGGCAGCCUGGAGGGUUACUACCAGUUCCUUCAUCGUGGUACCAUGAAACGCUCAACUUUGGCAAGCAGGGGCAACCACAGCCUCGUUGCCAUGGAGACAAAGGUGGAGUGGAUCCAGCAACAGAUGGUCCUGCGGAGGGUAAAACGGACUGCCCAUUCCAGCCCAACCCACACCCCAGCCUUUAAUGACCCUAAAUGGGACAGCAUGUGGUACAUUCAUUGUGACCAGAACUGCCUGACAGACAUGAAUAUCAAAGCAGCCUGGAGCCGGGGCUACACUGGACAGGGUGUUGUGGUCUCUAUCUUGGAUGAUGGGAUUGAGAGACAGCAUCCUGACCUAAAGCAGAACUAUGAUCCGCGGGCCAGCUAUGAUGUUAACGGGAAUGACCCUGAUCCCACUCCACGAUAUGAUGCUACCAAUGAAAACAAACAUGGAACAAGGUGUGCAGGCGUGGUGGCAGCCUCUGCAAACAACUCAUUUUGUAUGGUUGGAAUUGCCUACAAUGCCAGGAUAGGUGGUGUGCGUAUGUUGGACGGUGAUAUGACAGACAUGGUGGAGGCCCAAUCGUUGAGCCUCAGGCAUCAGUACAUUGACAUAUACAGCUCUAGCUGGGGGCCGGAUGAUGACGGCAGGACUGUGGACGGCCCUGGGCCCCUCACCCGCCUUGCUCUUGAAAACGGCAUCCGCAAAGGCAGGAAAGGACGUGGCUCCAUCUUUGUGUGGGCAUCAGGAAAUGGGGGCCGCAGUCAGGACCACUGCUCAUGUGAUGGCUACACCAACAGCAUCUACACCAUCUCUCUAGUCAGCACCACCCAGAGUGGACGCAAGCCCUGGUAUCUGGAGGAGUGCUCCUCCACACUUGCCACAACUUACAGCAGUGGGGAGACCAGUGGCAUAGGCAUUGUGACGACGGACUUACGGCAUCAGUGCACUGAUGAGCACUCCGGUACCUCAGCCUCUGCCCCAAUGGCUGCAGGAAUCAUCGCCCUCACUCUGGAAGCCAAUCCAUCUCUGACCUGGAGGGAUGUGCAGCACAUUAUUGUGAAAACAUCACGUCGCGGUCACCUGAGUGCUCCAGACUGGCAGACCAACGGAGCCGGAUAUGACGUGAGUCACCUGUAUGGCUUUGGGUUAAUGGAUGCAGAAGCCAUGGUGAAGGAGGCCGAAGGCUGGAGGCAAGUGCCCUCUCAGCACAUCUGUGUGGAGAACACUUUUCAGAACAUCAGGAUCAUUAGCCCAGAGCGAGUGCUCAGGUCAAUGUUUAAGUCUACGGGUUGCUCAAGUCAUCGUCUGCAGCAGGUGGCAUAUCUGGAGCAUGCCGUUGUACGCAUCACCAUUACACAUCCUCACCGUGGAGACCUGUCCAUCACCCUUACCUCACCCUCUGGGACCAAAUCCCAGUUGCUAGCUAACAGGCCUAAUGACCACUCCACUGAAGGCUUUCAGAAGUGGGAGUUUAUGACUACACAUUGCUGGGGGGAGAGGCCAGCCGGGGAGUGGAUACUGGAGAUCCGUGACACCCCUUCGUUAAGGAGGAACAGCAAACUCCAAGGUAAACUGAUAGAGUGGUCUCUUGUGCUCUAUGGCACCUCUGUUCCUCUGUAUUCAUCCUUACGGCGUGAGCAGCCCCGGUCUGUCAGUGAACCUGUCGAAGACAGUGAUGGGGCAGAAGAAUACAAUGGGCCCUGUGAUGCUGAGUGUAGUGAGGAAGGAUGUGAAGGGCCAGGACCUUCCGAGUGCAUCUCCUGCUUGCACGUCUUCUUAAAGCUCAAGAACAGCACCAGGAUGUGUGUGGCGACAUGCCCCGCUGGCUUCUGGGCUGAUAAGAAGCGCUGUAAGAGAUGCUACUCCUCCUGUCUGACCUGUGAGGGCAGCCGCAGCGACCAGUGCACCAGCUGCAGGCCUGGACAUCACCUGCACGAGGACACCAGCAGCUGCCUCCCCGGCUGUGCCGAUGGAUAUUACUUCCACAUGGAGGAGAAUGUUUGCAGGAAGUGUAGUGAGAACUGUGUCAAAUGCACCUCUGCUGCCAUCUGUACAGAGUGCUCCGAUGACACAAGUUUGUUGGGUAACAGGUGUAAGAAGAGGUGUGAGGAGGGCAGUUAUUACAAUGAGCAGGAUGACUCCUGUGAGCCGUGCCACGCUGCUUGUGCUACCUGUGCAGGUGCUGGUGUACAGUCGUGUAAUCGCUGUGCUGAAGGUUAUCUGAUGGAGGAAUGGAAGUGUGUGUCUUCCUGUCGUCCAGGGUUCUAUGCUGUACAGCAGAAUUACAACAUAGGCACGCAGGGCAUUUGCAGGAGGUGUGAUGCCAGCUGCCUGGCCUGUGUGGGCCCAGGGAAGGGGAACUGCAGUGAGUGUGAUGAGGGACACACACUGCGGGAUGGCGCGUGUGUGGUUAGCACCGACUGUACAGAUGGAGAGUACCAGGAUGAGAAUGGGAAAUGCCACUCAUGUGACGUUACCUGUAUGAAGUGCAGAGGUCCACAGAGUGAUGACUGUAUCAGCUGCCCUUCUUCACGCUGGCUGGAGGAUGGACGCUGUGUGAGCAGGUGCUCUGAGGGGAAGUACCAGUCUAACGGGCAGUGCCACCUGUGUGACCACACCUGUGCCCAGUGUGAGGAUGCUGGCCCUGCUAACUGCACCAGCUGUGACACUGAUAAAUUUGGGCAUGACCGGUAUCUCUUUGAGGGAGAGUGUGUCUCUGCCUGUCCUGAGGCGUAUUCACACACCACGCUGAAGACAUGUGAGCCAUGCCCUGAAAACUGCCAAGUCUGCUCCUCCCCCACAAACUGCCUCAAAUGCACCUCCUCCUUCUACCUCAACCAUGGAACAUGUGAACCACUGGAGUGUGGAGAGGGUGAAGUGGAGGAUCCCGACUAUGAUGAAUGUAUGCCAUGUGAAGAGGGCUGUAAGAAGUGUGUCCUGUACAAUCCCAAACACUGUCUGUCCUGUAUCGAUGGCUACUACAAGUUUGAAGAGAGCUGCUAUAAGUUCUGCCCUGCGAAGACAUACAGUGUUGAGGGGAACAUGAGCUGUGUGGCCUGUGAGCACCACUGUGUCAGCUGCGACCAAGACGAGUGUUACUGGUGUGAGGCCGACCACUUCUUAUCAGAUGGGGAAUGUGUGCGUGAGUGUGAGGAGGGUUUCUAUGGUGACGAGGACUCUCAGGAGUGUGAGAGAUGUCACGAGGACUGCCGAAUGUGCAGCGGACCAGAACAUGACGACUGUGACAGCUGCCAUGAGGGUGUACAGCGGCUGGAAAGUGGAGAGUGUGGGUAUGAGGAAGAGAGCUGUCCCCCCAAGAGCUACCUCACUGAUGACGGGGAAUGUGAGUCAUGUCACAGCUCGUGUGAGACUUGCUGGGGAAAACUGAGGAGUCAGUGCCACAGCUGUAUUAAAGGUCGGUACUUGAGCUCAGAGCACAUGUGUGUGGCACGCUGCCCAGUGGGCACCUUUGGCAGUAAAACAAGUGGGCAGUGUGAGCCAUGCUCACAAGGUUGUGCCCAGUGCCAGGACGAUCAACGCUGCCUCCGAUGUCAUCCAGGAUAUGUCACACCCCUCUACCUGAAGAGGGGGCAGUGUGUUAGUGAAUGCAUAAGAGGUUACCUUGCUGGGCAGGUAUGCCAGAGCUGUGCAGUAGGUUGUGCGUCGUGUGAGAGGAACGCCACACACUGUCUCAGCUGUGACGAACCGUUCGUGUUGCACAAACACAAGUGUGUGGAGGCCUGUCCUUCUGCACACACACUCAGAGAUGGCGAGUGUGUGCAUUGCCCUAAGGCCUGCUCAGAGUGCUCUGAACAAGGAGCUUGCACAGCCUGUGAGGAAGAUGCAUUCCUGCAUGCUGGUCAGUGUGUGACAGUGUGUCCAGAUGGUUUUUAUAAGGACUAUGGGCAGGGUGUGUGUGAGCGCUGUCACUCCAGCUGUAAGCUGUGCUAUGGAUCAGACCCUGAUAAUUGUCAUGCCUGUGCUGAGUCUGACACCAUCCUGCGAGAUGGAGCAUGUGUGUCUGCCUGCCCCCCACACACGUACAGAGACAGCAGGUCUGGAGAGUGUAUGGUUUGUGACAGCUCCUGCCUCACGUGCUCUGGGCCCCACGACACCUCCUGCACCAGCUGCAGGGAGGGGCUGAGGACAGACACGCAUGGGCGUUGUGUCACCCCCACCACGUGCCCUUCCCAUCACUACGCUGACAGGGACGGAGAGUGUCACCUGUGUCACAAAUACUGCUACCAGUGCUCUGGACCCGAAAAGAGCCAAUGCCUGAGCUGCAACCAGAACCACUUCUUACUGAAUGGCACGUGUGUGGACAUAUGCCCCAUGGGCACAUUUGCGGGUGACGCCCAGAGCUGUGAUCCGUGCCACCCUAACUGCCAGUCCUGCAUCGGGCACCACAGCCAUGAGUGUCUUAUCUGCAGACCUCAUCUCUUCAGAGAGGGAAAGGAGUGUGUGGAGACCUGCCAGACUGGUCACUAUGGAGACGUGGAGUCCCGUGUGUGUGAGAGGUGUCAUGCCAGCUGCGGGGAGUGUUUGAGAGGUGGGCCGGAGGGGUGUGUGAGCUGCAGAGAUGGGAAACUGUUUAUCAGGGGACAGGGCCGGUGUGUGUCCUCCUGCCCCUUUGGCUAUUACCAAGACCAUCACCACAGGACCUGUGAACUGUGCCACCCCAGCUGCCAAACAUGUUCGGGGAAAGGUGCUGAUUCAUGUGACUCCUGUCACGUGGGAUACACUCUCUCAGCUGGUGCCUGUGAGUCCCUGUGCAUCAUGGGAGAAUAUCACGUGUCUCAGGGUGACGGAUACACGUGUGAGCCAUGCGAUGAUUCCUGUAUGAUGUGUAAAGGGCCUGGACCACACAAUUGCACUGAAUGCCCAGCUGAGAGCAUCCUCACCACUGGGGGGCGCUGCUUGCCUUGCUGCAGGAAUGAUCAGUCUGAAGAAGGAGACACUACAACAGCGCAACAGGAAUGCUGCAACUGUACUGAGAGCAGAGGUGAGUGUGUCCUCAGCACCAACUUCGCUUUCCGUAAUCACGAGGAAGAGGAUGAGCCCUCGGGUAACUUGGCGCUCUUCAUUACCACCUGCAUUAUGCUUCUGUUGGGCCUGUCUGCUGUGGUCUUCCUCAUCAAGCGCUCCUGCUCCAAGCGGCCCACGCCCGAUACCGCCAUCAGCCGCGGCUACGAGAAACUGGGCAGCGGUCAUCACAGUGGCGGCCACCACGGUGGUCUGACAUCAUCCUCUUCCUCCACAUAUGGUGGGCAGACUAGCGGCUCAAGCUCCGGACGAUUCCGCGAGGAACAGUUGGUAGACCUCAGUGAUCGGUCUUCAGGGCGAAUCAAUGCUGUAGAUGAUGAUGACGACGACGAUGAUGAAGACAUUGUGUACAUGGGGCAGGAUGGUACGGUCUACCGUAAGUUCAGGUACGGGCAGCUUAAUGAGGAACAGGAGGACGAGUUAGAAUACGAUGAUGAGAGCUACUCAUUCCGGUAG